AUGCCUGAUUCUAUUUAUCAUCCUCAAACCGAUUCUGCAGAGCUUCAGCUUGCAGAACGUGGUUACAAACAAGAACUUCCUCGAAAACUUUCCAUGAUGUCUAUUUUGGGUUUAUCUUUCGCCAUUAUGGCUGUGCCAUUUGGUAUUAGUACAACUAUGAGUAUCGGUCUCACAGAUGGCCAAUAUGUUACCAUCUUUUGGGGCUGGUUUGUUGUUUCUCUUAUUUCGAUUUGCAUUUCUGCUUCUCUUGCUGAAAUUUGCUCUGUAUUCCCCACAUCUGGCGGUGUAUACUAUUGGGCUGCUAUGAUCUCACCUAAAAAAUGGGCUCCACUUGCAUCUUGGGUCACUGGUUGGCUCACUCUUGUUGGAAACUGGACCGUUACAACCUCUAUUUGCUUUUCCGGAGGCCAGCUUAUUCUCUCUUCUAUUACCCUUUGGCGUGAAGAUUUCGCUCCCAAUUCCUGGCAAACUGUUUUAAUGUUUUGGGCUGUCAUGCUUGCUUGUGCAGUAGUAAAUUACUUUUUUUCCAAAUACCUCGAUCUUAUCAAUACUGCUUGCAUUUAUUGGACUGGCUCAUCGGUAAUCAUCAUUCUUGUUGUUCUUCUUGCCAUGGCUGAUACCAGAAAUUCCGGUAAAACGGUUUUCGCCCAUUAUGAUGCUUCCGCUUCUGGAUGGAGACCUUCUUGGGCUUUCUUUGUAGGUCUUUUGCAAGCUGCUUACACUCUCACUGGCUACGGUAUGGUUGCCUCAAUGUGUGAAGAAGUUCAAAACCCAGAACAUGAAGUCCCCAAGGGCAUGGUUUUAUCAGUUGCAGCUGCAGGCCUCACUGGAAUUAUUUACUUGCUUCCUGUUCUUUUUACUCUCCCCAUGGAUAAAAUUCAAUAUCUCCUUGAGGCCCCCGGUGGCAUGCCCAUUGGCAUUUUCUUCAAGCUUGUUACUGGCUCACCUGGUGGUGGCUUUGGUUUACUUUUCCUUCUUCUCGGAAUUCUUGCCUUUGCUGGAAUUGGUGCUUUGACUGCUGCUUCCCGUUGCACUUAUGCUUUUGCUCGUGACGGUGCCAUUCCAGGCUCCAAGUACUGGAAGCAUGUUGAUCAUCGCUUUGAAACUCCCUCUGGAGGGUUGGCUCUUUCUACAAUCAUUUGCUGCCUCUUGGGUCUUAUUUACUUUGGUUCUUCUGCUGCAUUCAAUGCCUUUACCGGUGUAGCAACCAUUUGUCUUUCUGCAUCUUAUGCUCUUCCCGUUUUUAUUUCUCUUGUGCAAAAACGUCAUGCUGUUGCAAACGCUCCUUUUAAAUUGGGAACUAUUCUUGGCUACUUUGUCAACAUUGUCACAGUCUGCUGGAUUCUACUUGCCACAGUUUUAUUCUGCAUGCCCACUGCAAUUCCAGUCACCAAGGAGACUAUGAAUUACGCCAGCGUUGUGUUUAUGGGCUUCUUCUCUAUCUCAGCAGCUUGGUACGUUGCUUGGGGUCGCAAGAACUUUCACGGCCCUCCAGAAAUUGCAAACGCAAUUAAGCAUGAAAUUCAUGAAUUUGAUGGCAUUAAUACUUUGGGUGAUUCUGAAAAACUUGAUGCUACCCAGGAAAAUGUGUAUGUUGUUGAGGGCUUAGCUCCGGAAGAAGAAGUCACACGUCACUUGUCAAAACAUUAA